CACAUUUUCAAGCGUGUUAGCCCCUUUCUUCUCCGGUGAGCAAGGUCAAUGAUUCAACUUCAAAAGGAACCCUAACUAUCCAAUAAAUUGGAACUUUCUCGAAGCUAGACGGUGGUGGAGGAAUCACUCGGCGAAGAAGUAUGGCAACGCCGCCAGUGGGGGCGCCGGGAAUGGAAGGCCGUCCGCCGGCGCCGCCACCACCGCCGGGAACGGACAUGACGGGAAUAUGCUUCAGGGACCAGCUCUGGCUCAACUCAUUCCCUCUUGAUCGCAAUCUGGUCUUCGAUUACUUUGCUCUCUCCCCCUUCUAUGAUUGGACCUGCAACAAUGAACAGCUUCGCAUGCGCUCCAUUCACCCUCUCGACCUCACCCAUCUCUCGAAAAUGACUGGCACAGAAUACAUGCUGAACGAGGUUUUGGAGCCCAACCUUUUUGUUAUCCGCAAGCAGAAGCGGGAUGGACCUGAAAAAGUUACACCGAUGCUGACUUAUUACGUUUUGGAUGGGUCGAUUUAUCAAGCACCACAGCUUUGCAAUGUUUUCGCUGCUCGAGCUGGACGUGCUCUUUAUUACCUACAAAAGGCUUUUACAAAUGCUGCCUCAAAGUUGGAGAAGAUUGGAUAUGUUGAUUCUGAAAAUGAAAAUGCGCCUCUGGAUUCCAAGAUUGGCAAAGAGACAAUUGAUUUCAAGGAAAUGAAGCGAAUAGAUCAUAUUCUUGCAUCCUUACAGCGCAAGCUACCACCAGCCCCACCACCACCACCGUUUCCCGAAGGCUAUGUUCCCCCGCAGAAUGCAGAUUCAGAAAAAGGCCCUGAAGCCCAGCAGGCAGGAGAGGCACAACAAGCUCCUGUGGAUCCCAUCAUUGACCAAGGCCCAGCUAAAAGAAUGAGAUUCUGAACAAGAGUUGCAGCAUCAGCAGACAAAAGUAUGUGCAAUUCUUAAGCUAACGCAAGAGGAUUAUUUUACAGUUUUUAAUUGAAUGUAAACUAACCUCCUGGACCUUCUUCUCCUUUUUCUAUUAAAGUUAAAAUUGGAUUCUCACUAAGUAUAGUUCGUGAGGUCUUAAUCAAAGUUCAGUGUAGCUCUUGUAAGAUAGAGAAUGCGAUUCAAAUUGAUAUAAAAGCUUUGUCCAAAAGUUCGAUU